AUGGCCGCUUUCUUUCUCACCCUUAUCUCUCUCUUUUUUCUUAUCAUCACACUGAAGCUCUUGUUUUACACAACAAGAUUCAAGAACCUUCCACCGGGUCCACCGUUUCUUCCAAUAAUUGGAAACCUUCAUCAACUCAAAAAACCCAUCCACCAUACUUUCCAAACCUUAUCACAAAAACAUGGCCAAAUAUUUUCUCUUAGGUUAGGUUCUCGUCUCGUCGUUGUUGUUUCUUCGUUAAAAACAACACAAGAAUUUUUUACCAAACAUGACAUCGUUUUAGCGAAUCGACCUCAAUUCUUAUUCGGAAAAUAUAUCAACUACAACUACACCACAUUAAUACAAGCAUCAUAUGGUGACCAUUGGCGCAAUCUCCGUCGUAUAAUAACAACCGAGGUACUCUCAUCUAAUCGUUUAAAUUCCUUCUUGGAAAUACGAAGAGACGAGAUAAUGAGACUUAUACAAAAGCUAGUAAGCGUUUCAUAUCAUGAUUUUUCAGAGGUGGAACUUGCGCCAAUGUUUUCAGAAUUGACAUUCAACACAGUCAUGAGAAUGAUGUCAGGGAAAUGA